AUGAACAAUCCAGUCGUGGUUGACGGCGAAAAAAUCAAUCCCGUUUUAUCGCAGCCAUUGCUGUUGGAUGAAGUCGGUACGGCGUUCACGACUUCUCAAAAGCAGUACAUCUUACGUCGUCUUGACUAUGAAGGCCUUGAAUCUUUGGAUGAUUUGCCGAAACAAGGGGCCUACAUGAUCGAGAAAAUCGAGUCGUUGCUGGCUGAACAAGCUGUUGCAAUUCUCAGGGAAGCACUCGUGGAUUAUCGUGCUGACGUGAAUAUUAUGGAUCGUGACUACAAACUUUGGGAGAAACUUGUUGAAAUGGCACCCCUGCAUGGUAUCUCCGAGAAGCUUGACGUUUACAUUAACGACAGUGACGUUGAAUCCAAGAAAAAUAAAGUCGAAAAGACUGAUGUUGCCGAAGUCCUGUCAGACAUGGAUGAGUCCGGAUUCCACGGUGACUACUGGAAUGUGUUUGACUGGGAUCUUCAAGUGCGUACCGAGGCUGGCCUCAUUGAAUUUUACCUGCCGUAUACACAAGUGAGAGCGUGUAUUGACCCCUACGACGAAGACAUGCCUUGCGAAACGAUUCGAGUUUACAUUUGUGGUAUCAUUUGGACUUGCGUAGGGGCGGUGGUUGAUCAAUUCUUUUCUACUCGUCAACCCUCCAUUACGCUUUCUACUUCCCUCGUUCAAGUUUUGAUUUAUCCCUCGGGAUUAUUAUUGUCGUAUAUUUUACCGAAGUUCAAGUUCAAAAUUUGGAGAUAUACGUUUGAUUUAAAUCCUGGACCCUGGCUGCGUAAAGAGCAGAUGUUGUGUACUUUGUUCUACUCUGUGACAGGUGGGUGGACCGGCUACUCGAAUUAUAACAUCCAUGUCCAGAAGUUGGAAACCUACUACAACGAUCAAUGGGUCACAUUUGGGUAUCAAGUCUUACUCACCCUCUCCACGAACUUUAUCGGAUUUGGUCUUGCAGGAAUUGUAAGAAAGUUUGCUGUGUAUCCAGUUGAGUCUAUGUGGCCUUCACUUAUGUCGACAAUUGCACUCAACAAAGCCUUGUUGACUCCAGAGAAGAAAGAAAACAUCAACGGUUGGACGAUCUCACGUUAUAGGUGGUUCUUUUACUGCUUUGUGUUCUUUUUUCUCUUCCAAUGGAUCCCAAACUACUUGAUGCCUUUCUUGUCCACCUUCAAUUGGAUGACGUGGAUAAAGCCGGAUGAUCUUGAUUUAGUUAACAUGACCGGAUUCAGAAAUGGUCUUGGAUUUAAUCCAAUCCCCACUUUUGACCCUAUUGUGAUGGACUUCCCUAUGACAUACGUGCCGAUGGUUAGAGGGGUUGGUCAAUAUUGUGGUUACGUCCUUGGGGCUUUGAUUAUCACUGCCAUCUAUUACACGAACCACAAAUGGACUAAGUUUCUCCCUAUAAACUCCAACUUAUUGUACACCAACGAAGGUAAGUCAUACAAAGUGCUGAAGAUCCUUAAUGAAAAACAGUUGUUUGAUCAAGAUAAGUACGAAUCAUAUGGGCCCCCUUUCUUUUCGGCUGGAAUGUUGGUGAACUAUGCUGGUUUUUUCAUGUUGUAUCCCUUUGCCUUUAUCUAUGAGGUUCUCGUGAAUUGGCGACCCAUCAAGAAAGCCAUGGUUCAGUUAGGCAAAGGCUUCAAGAGUAUUCGCCAUAUGCUGGUUCUGGGAUACGAUGGAUUCAAUGAUCCUCUCUCACGACAAAAUGCAAAGUACCCCGAGGUUCCGGAAUGGUGUUACAGUUGUGUUUUGUUGGUAGCGCUUGUUUUGGGUAUUGUAUGCGUUGAGUACUACCCCACCAAUGUGCUGUGCUGGAUUAUAUUUUUUGCCAUUGCCUUGAAUUUCAUUUUCUUGAUCCCCAUCCUUGCGAUUUACUCGAGAACAGGCUUCAGUUUUGGACUUAAUGUUAUCAUGGAGCUUAUCGUGGGGUAUGCUGUUCCUGGUAACGCCAACGCCAUCAAUAUCGCAAAGGCAUUCGGGUACUCAUUAGACGGCCAAGCUGAAAAUUACAUUACCAACCAAAAGCAAGCUCAUUACAUGCGGUUGCCGCCUCGGGGGUUGUUCCGUACACAAAUGGUUGGUGUGUUCAUUGGAUCUUUUGUUCAGUUGGGCAUCAUGCAGUUUCAAUUAAAUGGUGGGAUUAAGAACUACUGCGACCCCAAUAAUCGUCAGAAAUUCACAUGCCCCACUAUUAACACCUUCUUUUCGGCUUCAAUUCAAUGGGGUGUUAUUGGCCCUAAGAAAGUGUUCAAUGGGUUGUACACGGUGUUGCCAUACAUGUUUUUGUUAGGUGGCUUGUUUGCGAUCCCUUGCUUUUUCAUCAAGAAAUACUUAGCAAAGAAAGCACCCCGUUACGCCAGAUACUUCCAGCCAACUAUCUGGAUUGGGUCCUUCACCAUUUGGGGCAGUUACAAUUUGUCCUAUUACACCGUUGGGCUCUAUCUCAAUAUCUUGUCGAUGGGGUACCUUUUCAAGAAGUACAAUGCUUGGUGGUCCAAGUAUAUAUAUCUUCUUUCAAACGGUGUUGUUGCGGGGAAUGCUCUUGCCGCUUUGAUCAUCUUUUUCGCUUUGCAAUACCAUCCCAAGGAUCUAACUUGGUGGGGAAGUGAAGUACCUUAUCAAGGAUAUGAAGGCACCAGAGCAGGUAAGAUGAACGCCACUUUGCAAGCUCCAGAUGGGUACUUCGGGCCCCGGAAAGGCCACUUCCCAUAA